AUGAAAAGGGCACUAACCACUAAAGAGUUACUUGCUUUGUUAGAAGAGGAUUCAGAUUGUGAAAAUGCUGAAUUGGUUGAUGUUUUUUAUGUGCCGCCAGAAACAGAUGAAAUUACAGAUGGAGAAAACUUUGAUGAAAAUAUUAUUGGAGAAGAGGGAUUGCAGACGGAUAUUGCAGGAACGUAUGAAAUACAACCAAGUAUAGAUAGUGAUGAUGAUUUGGAAGAUGACGUUUUUAGUUUUUUAUGUGAAAAUGUUCAAAAAGAGGAUUCAGAUUGUGAAAAUGCUGAAUUGGUUGAUGUUUUUUAUGUGCCGCCAGAAACAGAUGAAAUUACAGAUGAGGAAAACUUUGAUGAAAAUAUUAUUGGAGAAGAGGGAUUGCAGACGGAUAAUGCAGGAACGUAUCAAAUACAACCAAGUAUAGAUAGUCAUGAUGAUUUGGAAGAUAACGUUUUUAGUUUUUUAUGUGAAAAUGUUCAAACAAAGCCUUUGAUGAAGCCGCCAAGCAAGCUGCUGCAGCGCCACCACCAGGAGAAGCGCCAGCAUCAGAAGGUGGGACGGCGUCAGGAGAAGGGCCAGCACCAGAACCAGAGGAAGGAGCAGGAGCAACGCCAUCAUCAGAACCAGGGGCAGAACCCGGAGCAGCGCCAGCACCAGAACCAGCAGAAGAACCAGGAGCAGCGCCAGCACCAGAACCAGCAGCAGAACCAGCACCAGAAACAGCACAAUCAGAAGGAGAAGCGCCUCCAGCGGAAUAAGUUUAUUAAUAUUUUUUUACCUAAAUGGUCAGAUACUCUUGAAAUUGAUCACUUUUCAGUAUAUGUUUCCAGUGACUUAGAUUCAAAUAUGAUACAUUAUGGGGCAAAGGAGGAAAAGGAGGAAAAGGAGGAAAAGGUGGAAAAGGAGGAGCUGGAGGAAAAGGAGGAAAAGGAGGAAAAGGAGGAAAAGGAGGAAAAGGAGGAAAGGGUGGCGAUGGAGGUAAAGGAGGAAAAGGUGGAAAAGGGGGAGGAAGAGGACAAGAUGGAGAAGAUGGUAGCUAAAAAUUUGUGGACAUACAAGAAAGGAGAAGUGGCAUAA